GUCUCUCUCCGCACACCUGUGUCAAGGUAAUUUUCACAACCUGUUGGAUCACGACGCGUCUCCUUUUUCCGUAGAUCUCGGCGCAGGAUUCCAAAUUCGGGGAGCGGAUCUAGGUACGAGUGAUGCUCCAGGACUGGCUUGUCUCAUCGGGAGGAUGUGAGAGAAAGAGGAGGGUAGAUACAAGAGGCGGGAGGGUUCAGAAACAACAGGUCCUGUGAAGUCAACGUCGUGAGACCCGGGAUGGCAGCCUGUGGGGGGACCGCCCAGGGAAGCAGAGGCAGGAUGGAGGCCGUCUUCAAGGGAAGCCUUCAGAACGUCAACCUUAAGCAAUACAGCAGGUGCAUCAAGGUGUUCCUGUCGGCAACGCCCUCAGAUACGAUAUUGGAGAGGGCUGCACUGAAGUCCGAUGCCAUCCCUGAACUACAUACCUACUGCCAGAAACAUGGGCUGGACUUUCAGCUUGUGGACAUGCACCAUGAAUGGCUGACUGACAGCUGUACGGACCAUACCACUGCAGGCAGGAGACUACAGGAGCUGAGGGACUGCUACAAUGUCUCCUGUGGCCCCUUCUUUGUGUCCAUAAUAGGAGACAGGUAUGGGGAGUGUCCCUUACCCCAACAUAUCAAUGAGAUUGAAUUCUGUCACGUACGGGAUACUGCCAUCCAACUUGGCAAAGAUGUGAGCCUAUUGGAGGAGUGGUAUGUGAAGGACGAGAAUGCAGUACCCCCAGAAUAUGUCCUACAGCCCAUCGAGGCCAAAUUACCACACUACGGGGACAGGUCAGAGGAGAAUGAAGAACUGAUGGACCACUAUCACAACGUGUGGCUGAACACCUUCAACGCUCUACAGGACCUUCUCUACAAGUCUGCCCAGGCUGCACACCAGCGCAGAGCUAUCAGUACCAAGCAGCUCAGCAAGUACCAGUUAUCAGGUGUAGAAGCAGAGGUUUUGGAGGCUCUUAGCCUCGACUCUGAGCCGUCCAAGAAUUGUGUGUUUUUCUUGCGCACGUUAGAAGGACUUUCCAAGAGUCUGUCGGAUCAGAGUGCCAAGAACUUCACGGACAUAAACAGUAGCCUAGAACUUGACAGCGCGGCUCAGGAGAAGCUAAGAUCCCUCCGCGAUUCCUACAUAAACGAAAAGGUUGACCCUGAAAAUACGGUCCGGUUAGGUACGGUGUGGAAGGACGGCGGACUGGACCCAUCCACACACACGGAACACAAGACCUACCUUGCAGAUUUCUGCUCACAGUUUGUUGCCAAAUUGAAGCAGUUGAUCGACAAAGUCGUCGACAACUACGCCGAGAUGCAGUAUCUAAAAGAAACACCCAUCAGAGAGCUCUACUACAAGUUGUUAGAAAGCUCGGCGGUGAGUCUUGCUCACAGCCAGAAAUUUGUUGCACGGGAGGACGUUAUGAGCGCCAUACGAGAGCUGGUCACUUCGGAGGAGUCCAAACCAAUUGUUUUAUACGGGGGACAAGGGAGCGGCAAGUCUGCAGUCAUCGGUAAAGUGGCCACGUCGUUAGCCGACUGGACGGGGACGCAGCCCAUCUGCGUUCUUCGCUACAUCCACAACCACACUUGCACUCACACCUUGCUCAACGAAAUCUGUCAGCAGCUGUGUGCAACCAACCUGGAGGGGGAGCUAGAGAAGAUACCCGUGGAGUACAGAAAGCUGGUCUCUUUCUUCAACGACCUUCUCCUGAAAGCCUCUAAGUGGGGGAACAUGACAGUCAUUCUGCUAGAUGGCGUGGAGAGACUACUACCCACAGAGGGGUUCCCCACCUUUGAUUGGCUCCCCGCCGAGCUUCCAUCAGGCAUAAAAAUGGUCCUGAGCAUGACGGAUGGCAGCGUGCUGGAGGAGCUGAAGGAGAGGAUAGCAGACAAGCAGAGAUUUGUGAAACUGUCGGACUUGACCGAGAAGGAGAGGAUGAUAUUGAUGGAUUCCUACUUUACACACAGGAAGAGGAGAAUAACAGCCAAGCAGAGGGUCCUCCUGAAGAAUGCCCUGCAGGAGCCGUGCAGCCCCCUGAUGCUGACCCUGCUGUGUCGGGAGGUGGAAAGCGGCAGCCCGCAGCUGUGUCAGAACGGCAGCAAGAUGCCGCAGUCAGCCGAGGAGGCAGCCAACAUCAUAUUCGACGGUCUGGAAAGUAGACACGACCAAGUCUGUUUGGGACAUGUGCUGGCCAGCAUCUGUGCAGGCCGGGCUGGUGUGACGGAGACAGAGCUGCUGUGUAUGCUGUCCUGUUGUGAUGCCAUUAUGGACCCCCUGUGCCAGCAGACCAGCUGUGGGGACCGCACCUUCCCUCACACGUUCUGGGCCGCCAUCAAACACGACCUAGAUAAUGUGAUGACUGUCAGCCUCCUGGAUGGGGUUUUGGUCGUGCAUCUGGCCCAUGAGGCCUUUCAAAAGGUGGCGCUAGAAAGAUACGGAGGAGGGGAACAGCCAAUCAGGAAACAACAUGGGGACUUCGCAGACAUCUUGUCUGGUAGCCAUGGUGAGAGUAAACUGUCACCGUCACACAUCAACGCAGAGGUGAAGAAUGGGACUCCAACUGAACCACCAUCAGCAGCAACACAGCAGUUCAACAUCAGACAGCAGAAUGAGCUGUGGUACCAACUGGUGCUGGCUGGUAACUUACGGGACCUGAAGUCCAAGGCCCUGUGCUGUUUCCCCUAUCUCCUGGCUAAGAUGCAGUGUUCCUCGGUGUAUGAACUCCUUCACUGUUUCCACGUGGCGUCACAACACGUGCUAGACGCGGAAGUUAACCUGGUUCUUCUGGCGAUGGAGGCGUCGAUAAGCGCGCUGAUUGCGGACGGACAACAACUGGGCGCACAGCUGAUUUCUAGACUUGUAUCCAUGAAAGAUAAAGGUGACAAGGCCCUAGACUCCCUGAUUCAGCAGGCACUAGAGUGGGGCCGGAAUCAUAACAAGGCCCUCCUGCUCCCCCAUACCUCAUGGCUCAUCACCAAGCAGAAAAGCCUGGUCAAGACACUGGACUGUCCAGGUGUGAGACACAUGGUGACGACAGCCGACACCCAGCAUGUCAUUUGCACGGCAACGGACCAUACCAUCUCCAUGUACAGUGUGGGGUCCGGCGAAGCUGUGCAGACAUUCGAGGGACACAAGGAUAACAUCAACUGCAUCUACCUUUCCCACAGUGGUAAGUUCUUCCUGUCAGGGUCAGAUGACAAGACCGUCCAGUCCUGGUGUUUGGAGACCGGGCAGGGCCUGCGCACCUACUCGGGACACACCGCAGGGGUCAUGUGUAUGACCCUGGCUCACAACGACCAAAUCUUCGCCACUGGUGCCAAAGAUCACAUUGUGCGCGUCUUCAGCUUCGAGUGUCGGGAACCUCAGCAGGUUAUCGAGCAGCACACCGCGGCGAUCACCUGCAUCACGCUAACACGACACGACGACAUCCUGGUCACCGCCGGCGCCGACUGUCGCAUCCACGUCUGGCUACUCAACAAGAAGAAGCUGCUAAACACCAUCUGGGCACUGCAGCCCGAGGAAGAACCACCCAAGGAGGAACAGAAAGAGAAGAAGCCCAAGAAGAAGAAGAAGAAAUCAGAAGAAGACGAGCCCAGUGAUUCGAUGGAUGACGAACACACAGGAGGCAACACCCCACCUUCAUCCCCCCUCCCUCCUCUCCCCAUCCUGGUCACCCCCGUGGUCAGCAUGGUACUGUCUAAGAACAACAGUUUCCUUGUGUCUGGGUGUGAGAACGGAGACAUCCAUGUUUGGGCUCUGACCACAGGCAGUCUUGUUCAUCAACUACUCGGAAUCAAAGGAAAGGUGACAUGCGUUGCCAUAGCAAACGACAGCGUGUUUGCCGCCCUGGGCUGUGAAAAUGGCAGUAUUCUGGUGUUUAACAUCCGUACCAAGGCCCUGAUGCACACCCUCCUGGGGCACCAGGCUCCCGUCACAGAUGUGGCCAUUUCUCACGACGACCACUUCAUCCUGUCUGCUGCUGAGGACGACACUGUUCAUGUGUGGAACCUGGACAAGAUGCCGGUGGACCGCGAGGAGACAGACUCCAUCAGUAAGUCCGUCACGUGUGUCACCGUGGGAACCGUGGAGCGGGACGGCAGCAGCAUCGCGCUGUCGGGCGGGAAGGACGGAAGCUGUAAACUCUGGAGCAUGGACACAUACAAGAUGCUGCAUCACCUACAAGAUCACGUAAAGGCCAUCACAUGCGUGGCGCUCUCCAGCAACGGAACAUUCGCCGUGUCGGGUUCCGAAGACACCACCAUCAAGGUGUGGAGCGUGGACAACGGACUGGUGGUCCUGUCGUUUGUAGAACAUUCUGCUCCCAUAGCGUACGUCACGGUGACUUCUGAUGACACAAGGAUUCUUUCUGCUGACAUCAAGAACAGUUUGAAGCUGUGGCAGGCCGAGUCUGGGAACAUCCUUCUCUCCUGUACCGGCCCUUCACUACUGGUGGCUGUCACUCCUGACAACCAGAAUGCAGUGUCAGGUGACAGAGACAAUGUGAUGAAGAUCUGGACCCUGAGUGAUGGGAAGGUGGUACAGUCCAUCAAGCAUGUGGACAGCAUCUCGUGUAUCGCCAUCUCUCUGGACAGUCAGCUAUGCGUGACAGGGUCACAUGACAUGUCACUCAAAGUCUGGGAGGCCAAGACUGGCAAACUUACACAGAUCCUGGCCGGCCAUGAUGACGUGGUCACCUGUGUCCAAGUGGCCGAGCAGAAGCAGCGUGUGGUCUCCGGCUCGGUGGACAAGACGGUCAUCGUGUGGAACCUGAACACUGGACAGAUCGAACAGACGCUGUCUGGACACACCGGCACGGUCACUUGUCUCGGACUGGCCAAUGAUGCUGAUACAGUCAUUUCUGGCUCUGAUGACGGAACCAUCCGGAUCUGGUCAGCUAACACGGGUGUCCACCUCACCAGGAUGGACAUGUACGUGGGGAUCAGGGACCUGAAGGUGACACUUGAUGGAACACAUGUCAUCGUGCACCUGACCGACAAGGCCGUCGUGCCCAUCUUACAGCUGCUUAAUGGGAAGGUGGAGGAAGUCAAGUUCAGUAGUGAGACCACUCUUGAUGACGACAAGAAGAGAAAAGCCAGUCAGACCCAGAAGACGGCCCCGGGGGCGACUGGUGGCAGCCGACUCUUCGCAAACGGUAGGAAAAGCACGCGGGGCAAAAAGCAGAGCAGCCGGGCGAGACUCAACAGCGGCGGUUCUGAGUCCGUCAGCUCCGGCUACCAUUCCAACAACCAGCCCACCCCGAAACAUCGGAAAAAGUCCAAAAUGUGCCAGAUCGUGUGAGCGCGAGUAGUGGAGUGUGUGCCAAACGUCUCCAAUUAAUGGGAGGAGGAGGAGGACCCGGAUUCUCAGCGACAACUUUGUCAGCGGACAAAUACACGUAGGGUUGGUACUGUGUAUAAUCUCAUUGGUUAUUCUAUCAGUGUAAGUUUUGGUAGUGGGUAGUGCAAGACAUUUCUCACAGGAAUUAACGAGAGGAGUAGUCCAUUUUGGUGCAUUUUGAUGGGAACAGUUUCAUGUAACUCUCAAGCUUAUGGAAAGAAUGUAAAUGUGGAAAUAUACAUUAAGUAAAGAUGCUGGACAGGUGUAUUUAUUUGAGUCGAUGGGCCCUAAAAAAAUGUUUAUUUUACUUUUUGUGUGUUAAUGUCAACUCUUGAAUAUAAUGUUACAAAAUAUAUAUUAUAUAUCUAUAUAUCUAUAAUAAUAUAUUUCAUGUAGUUAUUCAGUAGCUGAAGAGUCAUAGUUGUGGUCUAUUGUAAGUUGUCUGAAGAAUUGUUAUAAUAGGUACUAGAUAAUGUUGAAAAGUGUCACAAAGUUAUAAUAUAGAUGUGUCUUUGGCAUUUACAUGUACCUAUUGCAAAUAUAAGACACAGCAUUGUUAUUUUAUUGUUGCAACAGUGUGUAUAAUUAUUCUUAUUUGAAGUGCAGUAUAAGCUGAAUAUGCAACAUUGUUCAAUGCUUUUUAGGAUAUGUGAAUUAGAAAACGUCCAACUAGUUGCUGGGUGGCUGGUUGCAAUUUUUAUUUUGUUGCAUUACAAGACAAAGUUUAAAAUUAAUUCAUAGU